AUGCUCGCAAAUCCGCAAACUUGCCAAACACAGUUUACGAGUAAGGGUAAUAAACUUUUCGGAAUUUCAGCUGCAAGAUCCAAAGUAAAGUGUCCUCGAAUAUGUCAUGAGAUCAAAGCGGUGAUUCCAAGUUUACAAGGAGACGCAUCUAGUCAGUUACCUCCGGACUUGCCAUCAUAUAUUUUUAAAGAACGCAUAGUUUACUUGGGCAUGACAUUAGUACCUUCGGUGACUGAACUUAUUCUUGCUGAAUUGUUAUAUCUUCAAUACGAAGAUAACAAUAAACCGAUCCAUUUGUACAUAAAUUCAACGGGGACAUCAAAAGAGGGUCAAAAAUAUGGGUACGAUUCCGAAGCCUUUGCAAUUUAUGAUACCAUUCAAUAUGUCAAACCUCCUGUACACACUAUUGCUAUCGGUACAGCUUGGGGUGAAGCUGCAAUGUUGCUCUCAGCUGGUAAAAAGGGGCACAGAGCCGCACUUCCAUCUGCUAGCAUAAUGAUUAAACAACCCAUAAACUCUUUUCGAGGGCAGGCCUCUGAGUUAGAAAUUCAGCGUAAUGAAACUAGAAAUACAAAGUCUCAAACGCUAAAAAUACUAUCUCUAUCUACCGGAAAAUCGAUCGAAGAAGUCGAAAAGGAUAUAAAUAGACCUAGAUAUUUCGAUCCACAAGAAGCGAAGGACUAUGGAUUGAUCGAUAAGGUGAAGAAAUAA